AUGGAUAUUCCAAUAACAGAAAACUCGCUGAGUAAAACUCAAGAACUUGAAGUAGAAGAAGAUUCCAACCCCAAUGAUGAACAACUGCCGAAACAUAUCCCAUCUGCAACCAAGAUCUCUUCUGUCUCAAAUCCAACAGAUCAGACAAGAUCAUUAAGCGAUAUUUCUAAGAGAAAGGGUUGUGGCAGGGGACACGGGACAAUAACAGAGAGUAGUAGCCAUGAUCCCGUGAUCACGAUUAAGCAAUAUCUGAAUAUCUUGCAGUCAAUGGGUCAGUCGCUUCAUAUUAUUGAUCUCAAUGGUCUCGUGAUUUACUGGAAUCAAGCAGCUGAACACCUAUAUGGUUACUCUGCAUCUGAAGUUCUUGGUAGGCAUAUUAAAGACAUCAUGCUUGAUGCAGCAAAUGAAAUAAAUCGCAGGAAUAAGUCAGGGGAAAACUGGACAGGAUUGUUCCCUGGCAGGAAUAAACAAGGACGACUGUUACAAUUUCUUUCCACCAAUACCCCAUUCUAUGAUGAUAGGGGUACUUUGGUAGGGUUUCUUUGUGUAUCAAGUGAUUCACAUCCUUUUCGAGAAAACAUAGUAGUACCAGUUUCUUUCAGUGAAAAUCCUUCAAAGAGUGAUUCGUAUCCCAGCUCUAGUUGGCUGCAUAGAACUGGUCUCAAAACAACUAGCCCUGACUGUGAUUCUCAGCACAAACCUCUGCAAGAUAUCGUAUCUUCCAUAACAUCAAAACCAGUAAGUUUUGAUCCUUUGAUGGCUACGGGAAAGCCAGCGAAAACAGGGAUUAACCUAAUAACUCCUAGGGUGAAAGGAAUAUUUUGGCAGCAGAAAAGCCAGCAAAAACAGGUGGUAGAAACUAACCUGCUUGGUGGAAAUGAAGCCUCUAAUUCCUUGUUCUAUACUUUUGACUCGGAAAGAACAAGUAGCUUGGGCAUAUGUGGUACUAGUAGUAGCCUCACAAGCUGUUCUCGCCAUAAAUUUUAUAUGGAAGCAGACUCUUCGAGUUAUGAUAUCCCGUGGGGCGACUUGACUUUCGGUAAACAAAUUGGGCGAGGUUCAUAUGCAACUGUGUAUAGUGGUCUAUGGCAUGGCUCGGAUGUUGCGAUAAAGUUAUUUUUCAACUUGGACUACUCAGAAGACCUGCUACGUUCCUUCAGAGAAGAGGUGUCACUGAUGAAAAGGCUCAGGCAUCCAAACGUGGUACUCUUUAUGGGGGAAGUAACUUCACCUGAGUACCUAUGUAUCGUAACUGAGUUCCUCCCACGUGGAAAUUUGUUUCAAUUGCUACGACAUCACACUCCUACAUUAGAUUGGAAACGGCGUGUGCAAAUGGCUUUGGACAUUGCACGAGGUAUGAAUUACCUUCACUAUCGCAACCCACCAAUCGUUCACCGUGAUUUGAAGUCAUCAAAUCUUUUGGUUGAUAAGAACUGGACUGUGAAGGUGGGUGAUUUUGGUCUCUCACGACUCAAACAUGCAACAUUUCUAACAACAAAGACUUGGAAAGGAACGCCACAGUGGAUGGCUCCAGAGGUAAUUCGUAAUGAGCCAGCGGAUGAGAAGUCUGAUGUAUAUAGCUUCGGAGUUAUACUAUGGGAGCUUGCGACGGCAAAAAUCCCAUGGGAUGGCCUGAACCAAAUGCAGGUGGUUGCUGCGGUAGGAUUUAUGGACAAACGCAACGAGAUACCUAAAGAUAUUGACCCUCACUGGGCAUCUCUAAUCGAGAGUUCCUGGAACAGUGACCCAAAAUGCCGGCCAACAUUUAAGGAACUACUUGAAAGGUUGAAAGAUCUGCAGAGACGUUAUCUCGUUUCAAAGCCCAAGAGAAUUCCUUGUUGAAUUAUCGUCGCC